GUCAAGGUCGGAGGAGAAUUCACGUGAUAGACAGUCUAUUUACAACCGGGACUGUCAUUGAUACACUCGAGCCGGUAGACAGCGGAGGCGUGAGGACAUUGCUUGUACAUAUCACAGCUUAAAGGUACAGUUUCCACACUAACUCACAAUGCUGCGGCUCAAGGCCCGAGCCAGUCAGAUCUGCCAGGCGGCUGGUCAGCUGACCCGCGUGACUCAGUCAAGUCCUCUCAAGGCCACACAGCCCCAGGCCCUCCGAUACUACACAGCAGGCGAAUCGGGCACAGUCCAGCCCAUCAAGAAACUUAUGGUGGCUAACAGAGGUGAGAUUGCUAUCCGAGUGUUCCGAGCAUGUACAGAAAUGAACAUCCGUACGGUGGCAAUCUACUCCGAACAGGACAAGAUGCACAUGCAUCGUCAGAAGGCAGACGAGUCCUACUUCAUCGGCAAGGGCCUCCCUCCUGUAGCAGCUUACCUCAACAUCCCAGAAAUCAUCACCGUCGCUCAGGAAAAUGAUGUAGAUGCAAUACACCCAGGAUAUGGGUUUCUGUCGGAGAGAGCCGACUUCGCCAAGGCAUGUAACGAUGUCGGGAUCAAGUUUGUCGGACCCUCAUCGGAAGUGGUGAGGAAAAUGGGAGACAAGGUCGAGGCCAGACAAGCAGCCAUGGAAGCAGGCGUCCAAGUAGUGCCAGGAACGCCAGGCCCAGUAGCGUCGGCCAAGGAUGCUCUCGAGUUCUGUGAGCAGUAUGGGCUUCCUGUUAUUUUCAAGGCAGCCUACGGUGGAGGUGGACGUGGAAUGAGGGUUGUCAAGAAUAUUGAGGACGUUGAGGAGAGCUUUGACAGAGCAUACUCCGAAGCAUUGUCAGCGUUUGGGAAUGGAGAACUCUUCCUGGAGAAGUUUAUCGAGAGGCCAAGACACAUAGAAGUCCAAAUCUUAGGUGAUGGCCACGGGAAUGUGAUCCACCUGUACGAGCGAGACUGCUCCGUGCAGCGACGUCAUCAGAAGGUGGUAGAGAUAGCGCCUGCACCCCAUUUGCCGCAACACCUGCGUGACAGCAUGACUGCGGACGCUGUGAAACUGGCCCGCCAUGUUGGCUACGAGAAUGCAGGGACGGUUGAGUUUCUUUUGGACAAAAAUGGCCAUUACUACUUCAUCGAAGUGAACGCUCGUCUGCAGGUGGAACACACGGUGACGGAGGAAGUUACAGGGAUCGACCUGGUUCAGUCCCAGAUCAGAAUCUCUGAGGGCAAGUCUCUCCCAGAGCUCGGCCUCAACCAGGAGGACAUCCGACUCAACGGAGCAGCCAUUCAGUGUCGGAUGACCACGGAGGAUCCUGCCCGCGGCUUCCAGCCAGACACAGGCAGGAUUGAGGUAUUCCGGAGUGGAGAGGGUAUGGGGAUCCGUCUAGACAGUGCGUCGGCUUUUGCAGGAGCAAUUAUCUCCCCCUAUUACGACUCUCUGCUGGUCAAGGUCAUUGCCCAGGCUCGAGACCACCCAUCCGCAUGUUCCAAGAUGUUACGAGCUCUCAAAGAGUUCCGUAUUCGUGGAGUCAAGACCAACAUUCCGUUCCUGCUGAAUGUGUUAGAGAAUCAGGAAUUCCUCACUGGUGUCCUCGACACAUACUUCAUCGACGAAAACCCACAACUGUUCAGUUUCUACCCGAGCCAGAACCGAGCCCAGAAACUCCUGUACUACCUUGGUCAGGUGAUAGUCAACGGGGCCUCCACCCCACUAGCAACCAACCUGAAGCCUUCCGAGAUCACCCCGACUGUACCCGAGACCCCCGUAGGUUUUCAAGCCACUAAGCCUCCCCCGGGGUGGAGGGACAUCUUGUUGAAGGAGGGACCAGAGGGUUUCGCCAAGAAGGUGCGGGAACACAAGGGCCUGCUGCUAAUGGACACCACCUUCCGAGACGCUCAUCAGUCGCUGUUGGCAACACGUGUCCGCACCCAUGAUCUCAAGCGAAUCUCUCCCUACGUCGCCCACAACUUUAAUAACCUUUUCAGCUCAGAAAAUUGGGGAGGUGCUACUUUUGACGUUGCGCUGCGUUUCCUACACGAAUGUCCCUGGGACCGCCUGGCGGAGCUACGGAAGCAGAUGCCAAACAUCCCUUUCCAGAUGCUACUGAGAGGCGCCAAUGCUGUCGGCUACACCAACUACCCAGACAAUGUUGUCUUCAAGUUCUGUGACCAAGCUGUCAAACAUGGAAUGGACAUUUUCCGUAUCUUCGACUCGCUUAACUAUCUACCCAACAUUAUUGUGGGAAUGGAUGCUGUCGGAAAAGCAGGUGGCGUGAUCGAGGCUGCGAUCUCCUAUACUGGCGAUGUGUCCGACCCCACCAAGACCAAGUACAACAUGGACUACUACGUCGACCUGGCGUCAGAGCUUGUCAAGGCUGGGACACACAUUCUGGGAAUUAAGGACAUGGCCGGUCUGCUGAAACCUCAAGCCGCCGACCUUCUGAUCCGCACCCUCCGGGAUAAAUUCCCCGAUGUUCCCAUCCACGUGCACACCCACGACACCGCAGGUGCAGGAGUCGCAUCCAUGUUGGCUGCAGCCCGAGCCGGAGCAGAUGCUGUAGACGUUGCAGUGGACUCCAUGUCGGGGAUGACGUCACAGCCCAGUAUGGGGGCCAUUGUCGCAGCCACAGAAAGGACAGAUCUCGAUACAGGUGUGACGCUGGAGAAUGUAUCGACAUACUCAGCCUACUGGGAACAAACCAGGAAUCUGUAUGCCCCCUUCGAGUGUUGCGUCACCAUGAAGAGCGGCAACGCUGACAUCUACGUCAACGAGAUCCCAGGUGGUCAGUACACCAACCUGCAGUUCCAGGCCUUCAGUUUGGGGCUGGCUGACCAGUUCGAGGAGGUCAAGAAAAUGUACUCCGUGGCCAACAAACUCCUGGGAGACAUCCCUAAGGUGACCCCAUCGUCCAAGGUGGUCGGAGACAUGGCCCAGUUUAUGGUCCAGAACAAGCUGACCGCGGAGAUGGUGGAGGACAGGGCGGAAGAGUUGUCUUUCCCUAGCUCCGUUGUGGAGUAUUUCCAGGGUUACCUCGGAAAGCCACCAGGAGGCUACCCAGAACCCCUCCGGACCAAGAUUUUGAAAGGUGCCAAGACGUUCGACGGUCGUCCAGGGAUGUCUCUUCCUCCUCUGGACUUUGACAAGCUGAAGGAGGAGCUCGUGGAAAAGCACGGCCCCGUGGUGCGGGAGGUGGACGUCAUGAGCUCGGCGCUCUACCCGAAGGUCCUCGACGACUUCAUGGAGUUUCGGAGUAAAUAUGGUCCGGUUGACACUCUGGAUACAAGACUCUUCCUAAUGGGACCAAAGAUCCCAGAGGAAUGUGAGGUCGAGAUAGAGCGUGGCAAGACUCUGUCCAUCAAGACGCUUGCAGUGGGGGACUUGAACAAGAACGGGGAGAGGGAGGUGUUCUUCGAGCUGAACGGUCAGCUGCGGUCUGUCCUCAUCAAGGAUGAAGAAGCAAUGAAGGAGAUGCACUUCCAUCCAAAGUCCCUCAAGGGCGUCAAGGGCAGCGUGGGGGCCCCAAUGCCAGGGUCAGUGAUAGACAUCAAGGUCAAGGUUGGUGACAAGGUUGUGAAAGGUCAGCCCGUGUUGGUGUUGAGUGCAAUGAAGAUGGAGAUGGUGGUCAGUGCGCCAGUGGACGGUGAGGUCAAGAGUAUCGCAGUCACUGACGGCAUGAAGCUGGAAGGGGACGACUUGUUGAUGGACAUUGAGUGACCAGUUGUGGCCGGAGAACCUUGAAGAAACACACUGACCAUCAGGACUGACCUACUGUCCACAGGUUCUAAUGUUUCAGCGAUUGCUCAUUGGAGGAUGUUGUUUAUGAGGAAUAUUAUGACGAUGGUGGUGUUUGGAAACUGGACCAAUUCUAUUGGGUCGUUCGUGAGUUGAUUGGUGAAAGCUUGUUUGUCAUCAAAUGGCAUUGUUGUGACGGAUGUUUUAACAAGGUGAAUGAUUUAAAUCAAGGUGAAUGAUUUAAAACAAGGUGAAUGAUUUAAAUCAUGGCAUACUCUAACCUUGAAAUGGACAUACUUAAUUAUUUUAUUGGGCAGAAUCAGUUUGUAGUGAAGUGCUAGACAAGAGUUUUAUCAUGUGACAAAGUUUUGUUAAAUGUGUGAGUGAACGUGUGCUACCAGCGAGGAUUUUUGAUAACGUUAGUAUUCUUAUAGCGGUAUGGUGUGUUGUGGAACUAGCAUGCUGGCCAACAGUGAGUUUGUCGUUUGUCAUACUCGCCUCUCUUUAACCUACAGUAAGUCUUGUCUACCUACUGAUCAAUGCUGUAUGCAAACACACAACAAAUCCAAUCAGUGUAUCUGGGACCAUAAUUAAUUUAGUCAAAGAAUAACUUCUGUUUAUAGGUACUGGUAUACUCUUCAUCUUAAACAAUCCCAAUGCGUUAAACCCAACCAAGUAUCACCAGCAGUCCCAGUUGGUCAUUGACAGCAGGAAAUAGGCAUGUUAAGAUACAAGCCAUGUGGUACAAUAAUUUCUUUGGUAUGCCCAUACAAGACAACACAAUUAGAUGUCAACGAGAGGUUCACAAGUCACAAAUAAUCCAAUCUCAUUAGAAUCAGACGUUAGUUCUUGUUACCGCUAAACAAAGGUCUGAGGACAUCUCAUUAAGGCUCACAUCAGAACGACCUUUUAUCUGACCAAUCAUCCGACCAAUCAGAGCGUUGCUAAACAGAUCAGGAAAGUGACAGUAGGAAUGUGUUUUCUAAUCAUACAACUUCGAAAAUUUAACAUGGGGUUUUCCGAACAACAGUAACAGGAUUUACGAUUGAAUCAAUACUAGCUAUUCCAGAAUGUUCUUUUGUUCAGUUUUCAAAGUUUUUAUCAAGAAUUUGUCAAAAAAUGUUUCAAAGCGUAGCUGCCAGUUUGAAACUAGUGCUGUAAAGUUGGAGAAGGCUGCCUUCUGAUUUGCUAAUGCCGACUUCUUGUCAGUCAUUCCAUUGGUUGGUCAGAGUUUGCGAAAUGUUGGUCUGAUGUGACCCUUAUUGUGAUGUCCUCCGAUCUUUGUUCAGCGGUAGCGAGAACUAAGAUCUAAUUUUGAUGGGAUUGCAAAUAAGCUUGUGUUGGAAUGACAAAAGUGGAUGAUGGGAAAUAAUAAUGAAAGCUUUGGAGACCGUAAUUCUAUGAGCCUCUUGGUAGGUUCAUCUAGCUACCGCCAUAGUUUUUAUGUCAUGUUCUACUAUAAGGGUAACGUGAUUUUUCAGGGCAUUAUCAUUUGCAGAAGCCCAAGGUCUUCCAUUAACGGCCCGACAAAGGAGGGCAGUUGAGAAGACCGAGGGCUUCUGCAAAUGAUAAUGCCCUGAAAUAGCAUUACCGUUAUAAUAGCUAAAAUGUAUAGAAUUUGUUAUCAAAUAAAAAUAAACAACAAUAUCGGUUUUGAAACAUUUAGUGCAAUCAACAUGAAUUUCACUGACCCACUUUUACAAAUAUGGAAACGUCAUAGAACAAGCCAGUUGACAUCACUAUUGUGACAUCAUCUAUCCCUAUCCUAUGAUGUCACUUAACAACGGGCGUGAUAAUGGCCUGUCGUCAAGCAAUAUGAGGGGGCACUGGUGACCCAGUCGUCUAAGGCGCUGCGAUUCGCACUGCAGAGUUGCGUCCCUUGGGCACGCCAGAAA